AGAGAGGCACAGAAGACAGGUGCAGCCAAGGGGUGAGGGAGAGCCUGGAGGCGCAGGAUGGAAGAUGGAGGUGGUAGCGAAACUGCUUUCCUCCUCCCUGGGGUCGGCAGCGAUUCAUCCACAGGCGCCUUUUUCCACUGAAAUGUGAGCGUGGCCAGCGUAGCGCUGCCCUCGCGGCCGUGGCGCCUCUGGUGUGCGCCUGUGUGUGCUGCUGCCGCUGUCAUCGCAGAUGCACCCCAGCUGUCACUCCUCGCUGGGCUCUGGCUGCUCGCGCACACGCGCGCGCUCUCCUCCCUCGCCCCUUUCUUCCCUUUCUCCUCUCUCUCUCCCUCCAUCCCUCUCUUUCCUUCUCAGUUUGUGACUGACCCAGCAGCCCCGUCCCCUGUCUGCCUCAAGCAGUCCACCUCCUGGUGCUGUGUGCUGUGUGCCAGCCGCUGCUCCUGCUGAGUGGAGACUCUGGCACCAGUGCCCACUGCGCUCUGCCUGCCGGUGGUGUCUGGAUUUCUCUAGGAAUCCCAGGAGGGUCUUACUGGAGGGUCGAGAGCCACCUGAUUGAAGGCGUUUGCGGUCAGAGUAAAGACGGCUGCCACAGCAUGAACCCCUGAGCUGAUGAGUCUUAUUAUAGCCCGGCUGGCGGAAGACAGAGUGCUCCUAUUCACCUCUGCGUGGGCGUCGGCGGUGCAGGGGGGAGCGGCAGGCCAUCCAGCGGCUCACACCCUACGCGGCUGCAGCUGCCAAGGGCCUGGCCCCUGCCUCCCUCGGGCCAUGGUGAGCUGUGGUGAGGCUGGAGAAACUGGGACCCAGGACUGACAGGCGGCGCACCAGGGGCUCCUCUCUCCCCAGAACGACAGGGCCCGGAGAGCCGUGGGCCUCACCAUGCUGGCACCAGGCAGCAGCCCUGAGCAGAGGGGCAGGCUUGCCCUGCAGUGGAGGCAGGUCUCCUGGAUCACCUGCUGGAUCGCCCUGUAUGCUGUGGAGGCCCUCCCCACCUGCCCUUUCUCCUGCAAGUGUGACAGCCGCAGCCUGGAGGUGGACUGCAGUGGCCUAGGCCUCACCACGGUGCCCCCAGAUGUGCCCGCGGCCACCCGAACCCUCUUGCUCUUGAACAAUAAGCUGAGUGCCCUGCCAAGCUGGGCUUUUGCCAACCUGUCCAGCCUGCAGCGGUUGGACCUGUCCAACAACUUCCUGGACCAGCUGCCCCACUCCAUUUUCGGGGACCUGACGAAUCUGACUGAGCUGCAGCUGCGCAAUAACAGCAUCAGGACCCUGGACAGGGACCUACUGCGGCACUCGCCGCUGCUCCGCCACCUGGACCUGUCCAUCAACGGCCUGGCCCAGUUGCCCCCUGGCCUUUUCGACGGGCUCCUGGCUCUGCGCUCCCUCUCGCUUCGCUCCAACCGUCUGCAGAGUCUGGACCGGCUGACAUUUGAACCCCUGGCGAACCUGCAGCUGCUGCAGGUGGGGGAUAACCCCUGGGAGUGUGACUGUAACCUGCGUGAGUUCAAACACUGGAUGGAGUGGUUCUCCUACCGAGGGGGGCGCUUGGACCAGCUUGCCUGCACCCUGCCCAAGGAGCUGAGGGGGAAGGACAUGCGGAUGGUCCCCAUGGAGAUGUUCAACUACUGCUCCCAGCUGGAGGACGAGAAUAGCUCAGCUGGGCUGGAUAUUCCUGGGCCACCCUGCACCAAGGCCAGUCCAGAGCCUGCUAAGCCCAAGCCCGGGGCUGAGCCAGAGCCGGAGCCCAGCACAGCCUGCCCACAGAAGCAGAGGCACCGGCCGGCGAGCGUGAGGCGAGCCAUGGGCACGGUGAUCAUCGCGGGGGUCGUGUGCGGCAUCGUCUGCAUCAUGAUGGUGGUGGCCGCUGCCUAUGGCUGCAUCUACGCCUCCCUCAUGGCCAAGUACCACCGGGAGCUCAAAAAGCGCCAGCCCCUGAUGGGGGACCCCGAGGGCGAGCACGAGGACCAGAAGCAGAUCUCUUCUGUGGCCUGAGCGCCCGCCCCCACCCGGCCAGGUAGGAAGGGCGGGGAGAGCACAAGGCAUUGCUCAGCCACAGCCCCCACCUUGACCCGGCGCUGGCCAUUGCCUCCCCCAGUCCACUCUCCUCCCUGCCCUCCAGCAGACAAGCCACAGCGGGUUCUCUCCCUGCACUUUCGAGGCUCCCUGAAAGCCACUGUGCUGGGGGCUCCUGCUGAUGCGCCUCUGUGGGCCAGUAAAUCUUUGGAACAUCUGGGGAAUCUCCCUAAGCUCUGGCCACAGCAAAGCAAGGAGGUGUGUGCAAGAGGAGGCUUCCGGACUGGGCAUUCCCCUGUCGCCCUUCCUGCCCUGGGGUGGCCAUAGCUGGUGACUCUUCCUACCUUGCUGGUCCCACCUCACCUGCACUGAGGGGUUGGGGAGGGAGGGAUCUGAGGGAUGAAGGUAGAUUUCUGAGACUCUCUCCUAAGCCAGAAAGACGUUCUUAACACCCCUGCAGUGUGAAAGCUGGUCCAGCUCUACAACUGUUGGUACCAAUGUACAAACACACCAGCCCUGCCAUCGGGACCCAGCACUCAGAAACACCAUACACCCCUGGCCGAUGCCAUCGUGCCCCUGGAUCUGCUAUAGGCCACACUGACCACAUGCUCCUGCAUUCGCUAAUUCACUCACACACCCAUUGCAUCACCAGUGCAGUCACAUAGAUUGAAAGAACACACACACACACACACGUACACGCACGCACACACACACGCACACGGUCACAUGGAGACCCAGGCUAUGGGCACUUGGACAGCAGAGACAUGCUGUUCCCCUGGGGGUCUCCCUGAGAUCACAGAGCCUCUCGCUUGCUCACUGCAAUCUUCUCAAGUCAACAGCAGGAAGGAACUCAACCAGUAACACCAGGAUCCUUUGAGAUCCUCUAAAGUGGGCCAAAGUGGUGCCACUGGAGGAGACCUCCUGUCACCAUGGUAACCCUCUCACACCUCUCCUGCUGGGCUUUCCCGGGACACCACCCAGGGGCCUGGAGCCGCUCCAUGUGUGCAUGGCGGCCUCUUGAGAACCCAGCCACACACCACUGGUGUUGCCUCGGUCCUGCCCACGCACCUCACAGCACCAGGCCCUGUGGGGCCCCCACCGAUUCCUCCACAGCCUGCAGCCUGGCACCAUGACUCUGUGCCUCUCACCCUCCAUCUUCAGUACUCCUGGCCUGUGAUUUCAGGGCUGGGACUUGGUGGUGCUUUGCCAUUGGUGGCACCCUCUGGGGAAAGCAGAUGGCAGGCAGAGAACACGGUGGCUCCCCUGAGGCUCAGUGCCUGCCAGCUUAUCGCAGACAGAGCCCAGCAGCGGGAGGGGGUGGCCACAUGCUGCCCAGAGGCUCCCAGGAUGGAGCCUCUGUUCCCGGGCUUUGUCUGCUCAGUGUGGCUCCCUAGAGCACUUCCUUGCACCCAGGCGGGGGCCAAACCAGGGAGUGGGUGGGGAGCCUGUCUGGGACGGAGCCACCUGCUGCAAGGCAGUGCAGGUUUUCCAGGUUACCUGUCCCCCUCCCUAGCUCCGCCCCUCCUCAGAGUGUGAAGAUGGUGGGUAUCUAGGUGUCGUGCCCACAGGCUCAGGAGGUAUCAGGCUCGAUCCUGGCUCUUGGAUGGAAUUUCGAUGGGGGCUCAGGAAGAAGCCAGCGAGAACCCUGAAGCCAAGGGUCUGAGCAGAGGGAGGUGGCAGCCCUCGCUCCUGUGCCCCGCUCCAACCCUCCCUGCUCAUGCAGUAGUGGGUGGGUGAGGUGGGCUGGGGGCCUGGAGGAGUGCCUGUGAGGAGGUUGGUCCUGGCAGGUGGACAGAGGACGCCUGGCAUGGGCUGCUUACUGGGACCCCCGGCCGCCCUGCCGCGGCCACAGUCUUCCUUCUUUUGGCGUGCGGGCUGGUGCCAGAUCUGGGGAUUUUCUAAAGGGACUGGAGGGAGGGGAGGGCAUUGUCAAUGGUGGUAUCUUUAGCCUGAGACAGAAGAUUUUUAAAGGCAAAAUUAUAUUUCUGGUUUGUUGUUUCAGAAGACCAAUAAAGACUGUAUUUUCCUACGUA